UUGCGAUUAUACAAGUAUGCACCGCUUUGUUGUGUUUGAGCUCCGCUCUCGGAGCCAAUAUAUUAGCACUAAUGGGCAUGACCUCUCACAGUCAUCACAUUUGGAACAGCGUGUUGUUACACGAAUUAGCCAGACGUGGUCAUAAUCUCACCAUACUAUCGGUGGACUUGCCACGAGACGACGACCCAGUGCCCGCCAAUGUUAGUUACAUAUAUUUGGAACGCGCCUACGAUAUGUACAAUGAUGUUGAGGACAAGAUGACUAUAGAGUAUAUCGUAAAUGCGAACAGCUUUCAGAAUAUAGCAAGGACCUAUGAGUAUGGUUUGAGGACAGCAAAGCUUAUAGCCGCCUCCCAGGGCAUGCAGCAGCUGCUCGAUUAUCCGGCCGACUUUCACUUCGAUCUGAUCAUUAAUGACUAUACGCUAGGACCAUAUAUGUUAGGGUUUGCCCACAGGUUUCGGUAUCCGCCCAUUGUGGGCAUUAGUGCCUAUCAGAAUCCUCACACAACUUUGGACUUCAUGUCGAAUACCUAUUCGCCUGCAUUGACGCCUUAUCAGUGGACGGCGUAUAGCGAAAAUAUGAACUUCCUGCAGCGCCUACAUAAUACACUAAUAUUUGCCGCCGAUGUCUUCUAUCGGCGUACUUUCUAUAAUCCAGCACUUGAUGAAAUUAUGCGCCCCCAUUUUGGCGCCGAAAUGCCACCUUUGACCAAACUAGCCAAGCUUACGGUCAUUGCGUUGGUCAACUCUCACCCGUCCAUUGAUUAUGUGGAAUCGCUGCCAUCGCAUAUCAUUCAAGUGGGUGGCAUGCAUAUCGGAGAAUCAAAGCCCCUGCCCAGACACCUGGACGAUUUUAUGCGUUCGGCUAAAAACGGAGCUGUGCUCAUCUCAAUGGGCACCAAUGUCCAGGCCAGCGAUGUGGCCGUGAAAUCUUUGCACGUCAUCGUGGAGGCUAUUCGGCAGCUGCCCAACUAUAACUUUUUAUGGAAAUUCGAUGCAAAUUAUUUGAAGAAUUUGGACAUAAAUCUACCGAAUAAUGUGUUGGUCAGCAGUUUCUUGCCACAGCGCGAUGUCUUGGCUCACAAAUCAUUGAGGGCUUUUGUCACACAUUGCGGUGCUUUGAGCACCCAGGAGGCCACUUGGCAUGCCGUGCCUAUUGUGGGUAUACCGCUCUUUCUCGACCAAUAUCGCAACUUGCGUCAAUCUAUGGAUGCUGGAGUGGCACUUAAAGUGGAUUAUGCAAGCAUUAAUACUAAAGAUUUGGUGAAUGCAAUCAAGGAUGCGGCAGAGAGUGAGGAUAUAGCCGCCGCAAUGCGCAAACGCUCCAUUCGAUUCCGGGAUAAUCCAUUGCCUUCUUUAGAAUUAGCUGUGUGGUGGGUAGAGUAUUUGUUACGUCAGCCCAAUCCCGAGCAUUUGCAUUCCCCGGCCAAGGACAUGAAUAUCUUUCAAAUACAUUCAUUAGAUGUUUUAGCCGCGUUGCUGUUGGUUGUGGUACUAAUAUAUUAUAAGCUUCGUCAAGUGGGAAACAAGCGCACGAAACACCAUUACAGAAAAUCGCAAUCCAAAAAAAGGAGGUAAUCGAAAUGUUUGAAAAGAUAUACUCUGCUAAGGGACGAAGUUAAGUUUCAUUUACAACUUCAUUUUCCUAUCUGAUGACAUGAUAAACAUUUAACUGAGAUAGGCUUUAAGUUUUGAUGUCUUCUCGUUUUUUUAAACAGUACAGUUCUUUUUUUCUAUAAUUCCUUUUUCCUGGAAAUUCUGUCCCUUCCAUUUCCUAUAAAAAAAAUGGCUAUACAUUAGAUGCAUUAGCGUCAGAUACCUUUGCGUCAGAUUUUAAGUUUAUCAAGAAUAUGUUACUUCAAUUAAAAUUAAAAAAAGAUAGCUAUAUA